AUGCGGUCUAUAUGGCGCUUCCUAGCCCUCUUCGCGUUCUUAGCUUGCCUUCUCCCAGCAGUCAGCGCAUCCAUCUUCUCCGAACCUGCACUCUCAUACUGCAAAUGUAUCUGCUUCUCCAACUCCACCAUCAUUCCGUUAUUCCGCCCAUCCGACCCAUCGAAGCCAUGUCUGUCUUGUACCAAGCAGUUCUGCUUGGACCAAAAGCUGGCUAUCUGCAAGAAUGCCGAGCUGCCUGAGCUGGACGUUGACGUCGGCACUGGUACAGAAGGGGACGUCGAAGCAAGAUGUUUCAAGAGGGACUCCCCUCGAGAUGAGCUCAUCGUUACCUUCUUCGUCCUUACGGUCAUCGGCAUGCUCCUAUUCGCAGCGGUGCGGGGUCGAUUCCAGAAAGCUAUCGAGACGCGCGGGCGGCCGACUGAUCUUCGGCAGUGGACACAUGUGCUCCUUCCAGAGCAGCUUCAGCCAUUAUCGGACAACCUCCUGGCUAAGGUCGGAGCAGGACGGGCGCAGCAGUUCGAUGGAAGGGAGAUGCAAGAUACUGGUCGAUCAGGCUCUUACGCGCCAAUCACCUAG